UUAUCAUCAUGACUAUGAUCAAGGCCUUCUCCUCGUUCUUCAAGCACAGACCCGCUGAGACUAUUCCCGUGAUUGGGGUCACACUUUUGGGCGUAGCAGGAUGUGCCACAUCUCUCGCAUGGACCUGGGGCCCACGGAACGCACAGUGGACUGUUGCAGGACGGUUCCCGGAACUGAAGAUUACCGAGGGUCAACAGACUAAACUUAUGACAGUCAACCAAAAGUACUCUCAGACCGCUUAA